AGCGCUGCUCCAAUGCGUCUGUGCAACACAGACUGAAGAAAAAAAAAAACUUAUCGACACACAAACUGAAAACCUGCGCUGCGCAAUUAGUGCGUGAAAAUCCACUUUUUCUCCGGUUUUGAAGAAAAAUAAAUAAAGAAAUCAAGCUGGCUCAGUGCGUGUCUCAGCAGCCCACUUUGACAGGUGCUCCUCACCCCCUUUGGAGGACUGUCAACAGCAAGAGGAUGGCAUCAGAGCUGGCAAUGAGCAACUCCGACCUGCCCACCAGUCCCCUGGCCAUGGAAUAUGUUAAUGACUUCGAUCUGAUGAAGUUUGAAGUGAAAAAGGAGCCGGUGGAGCCCGAUCGCAGCAUCAGCCAGUGCAGCCGCCUGGUCGCCGGGGGAUCCCUGUCUUCCACCCCGAUGAGCACGCCUUGCAGCUCGGUUCCCCCCUCGCCAAGCUUCUCGGCGCCCAGUCCGGGAUCAGGGAGCGAACAGAAGGCACACUUGGAGGAUUUCUACUGGAUGACCGGGUACCAACAGCAGUUGAACCCCGAGGCUCUGGGUUUUAGCCCGGAGGACGCCGUAGAGGCGCUCAUCAGCAGCAGUCACCAGCUCCAGACCUUCGAUGGCUAUGCCAGGGGGCAGCAGUUCGGUGGCGCAGCCGGGGCAGGGGGCGCCAUGGCCGGGGAAGAGAUGGGAUCAGCGGCCGCCGUGGUAUCGGCAGUUAUCGCUGCAGCCGCAGCUCAGAAUGGGAAUCCCCUCCACCACCACCAUCAUCACCACCACCACCACCCAGGGGCACAUCAUUCCUCCUCUGGGUCUCAAUCCAGCGGCGGCUUGGGGGGAAACCACCAGCACCUGCGCUUGGAUGACCGGUUCUCGGACGAGCAGCUGGUGACCAUGUCGGUGCGGGAAUUGAACCGGCAGCUCCGGGGGGUCAGCAAGGAAGAGGUGAUCCGUCUGAAACAGAAGAGGAGGACGCUAAAGAACAGGGGCUAUGCCCAGUCCUGCCGGUACAAGCGGGUCCAGCAGCGGCACGUCUUGGAGGGAGAGAAGACGCAACUCAUUCAGCAGGUGGACCACCUCAAGCAGGAGAUCUCCCGGCUGGCCAGGGAGAGGGACGCCUACAAAGAGAAAUACGAGAAGCUGAUCAGCACCGGCUUCAGAGAAAACGGAGGGUCCAGCAGCGACAACAACCCCUCAUCCCCGGAGUUUUUCAUGUGAGUCUCGGCGCUCAAAAGUUUUAAUAACCGUCCCGGCACAAAAAAUAUAAAAUACAAACUUUUAAUUUGUACGCACCCAAAAAUAAGGUGUGCAUGCUUGUGAAGUAACGUUUGUUAAAGCUGCGUUAAAAAAGAGUUUUACACAUUCCUGUUUCAAAAGAUUUUUUUUUCAGUUUGACGAUUUUAUUUUUUGAUUGAUCUUGUAUUACUGUUGGAGGAUACAUAAAAUAUAUCUGUGUAAAUGACUGAAUAACAAUUCAGUUUCCAAAAAUAUUUUAAAGAAGUUCGGUACAAUUCGCGAUGUUCUUUUUUGGACACACUGCACGAAAAGACACUUUGCCCAGCAUAGGUCCACCUAGUCCACCCUGUUCCCUUUACCCAAAAUAAGUUGUAUGAAAUUCAACAUUCUUCAAACACAACAGCAUUAUUUUUACUUGGAUUUAUAAUGGAUUUUUCUUUAAAGUCAAUUUAUUUUUUGAUCUCAUUUUCAUAUCAUCCAUCACAUUUGUCUUGUGAAAAAACCAUCCAAACUCGGUAGAAGUUUGGAGAAUUUAUGUAAGACUGUAACAGUUUUGUGAAGCCAUGCAUGCUGGUCAUGUACGGAUUUUGCUUUGACUUUCUUUCCUUUUUACUUGUUUUGUGAAUUUUUGUUUGAUGAUUGUAUGAAGGCAUGACUGCAUUGUUAAGCCUCAUCACAUGUUGCCAUUUACUUGUUAAAAAGUGUAAGAGGUGCAUUCAGCCGUCGCUUUGGUUUUAUACACGUUCCCGCGAAUCUGGACCCUUCACCUUUUUAUAGGCUGAUUUUGGAGCCCUCUGAAGAAGAAAAAAGACACUGGGGAAAAAAGCAACUUUGUUCUUAAUAGUGAUUUAUAUUCAGUAACAAAACUGUCAAGGUGAGGAACUCUGAGGUCUGUAGCAGAAACAAAUAAAUAUCACUUCUUGACAAAUGCAAAGAAUACAUAGGUUAUUGCGAUCAACAAGUGGAGCUGAAAAUAAAACAAGAUAUUUGCUUUGAACAGAGCCAAAACAGAUUAUGAUGCAUGUUGUAAAACAAAUGAGAAAUAGGCCACUUUGUUUCGCAAAAUUAUUGUUGCAACAAAUGAUCUGUUCUUCCUGCAAUUCGUUGUUAAUGUGCUUUCCUUUCAUUUAAGGGGCUUAAUUAAGUUUACACAGAACCCUAUGGGUGUUGUUCGGUAAAUAACCUGUGAACUGUUUGGAAAUUGAAGUUAUAUAUUCUCGCGAUGCUGUAGAAGAAUUCAGCGAAGCAUUAAGCCAUACAUCUUUUGUAAUGUUUUUUAAACAGGAAAAUGUACUGUCUAGACAGUAUAGUUAACUGGCAGAUAUCGUGUUCACUUUAAAAAAUGAAAUUUAAUAAAUAUACCAUUCAUCAAUAAAUCUUCAUGAAUGAGAACAAA